AUGAGUACCAAAACAAAUAAGUGGGAAGCUCUGGCUACUGUUAAAUCUUUUGAUCUAGGCAUAGCCCGAAACGGUCAGCACGAAUCAGUCUUGCAACAAAGCAUCAAUCAAAUCGAGGUCAUAAACUCAACAGCUACAACACCAAUCAGCUUACUGGUUCAAUCUCUGGUGAAGCAAUUAUGUUCCCUCCUGGAGAAAGAUGUCUCCAGAGCCAACACGUUGUACAACACAAUCUGUGAGAAGUUACACAGCAUGAAUCUUAUUGACGAUUCCUAUUCCAUGGGAGAGUUCGAGGUCAUGAGGAGCCAGUAUCAGAGAGCUCUGUAUCAACUGGUGACGGUUGCCAGUGGCUCCGAGAUUCCCAUAACCCUGCCAGUGACAUGGCCCAUUAAUAGGUCAGGCUUAGAAUGGUCUCGUUACCACAAAGAGUUUGAGGAACUAUUCUUCAUAGCUGGCGGUGGUUUCGGUAGCGUGUUCAAAGCUCGACACAGAUUGGACGGAGUAGAAUACGCUGUUAAGAAAGUUUAUAUUAAAUCCUCGGAUGUCAAUUCUAUAAUGACACAUCUAGCUGAAGUUAAAACUAUAGCCAGUUUAAAUCAUCCUAAUAUAGUGAACUAUAAAGCUGCGUGGCUGGAACCGAUGAUAGAGUCGACCGUCAAAAAGAAACGCAAUUGUAAAAUGGAAACAGACGAUGACAGUUUAUCUUUAGGCUCCAGUCAGUUUUCUUCAGUUUAUCCGAAUGUUAUGAAAUCAUUCAAAACCUAUAACUCCAAAGACCUCACUAAAGAUCGCAGCCAGUCGGACUUUGUGAUAUCUUUUAAAAAUUCAAACAGUUUUGAAAAAUCCGGCACUUCCGAUGAAAUAGAGACCGACAGCGAGGAUGAACCAAAUUUUUCUGACAACAACGCAAUCUGCAAGCUAUUAUCUAGCAAGGAAUACGAGAACUGUUCUAGAGUCAACUUGAAAUGGGCCACGCUAUAUAUACAGAUGACUUAUUGUCAGCAGACGUUGAAGCAGUGGCUGGACGAUAGGAACAAUCACAUGACAUUAUCACGCAAAAACUCAGAUGACCUAACCAUUCACCACAGCUAUUCAAAUGAUUCAGCUAACUUCGAAACCGAUAAUAACUAUCCUCUAACCUCUACCCGUUAUGAUAUUCUCGUGGACAUGUUUACGCAACUGGUGAAAGGUCUGCAUUAUAUACACUCGAGGGGGGUCAUCCACCACGACGUGAAGCCCAGCAAUGUUUUUGUGGCUCCCAGUGAAAGUGGACCUUUGGUACAAUUGGGUGACUUCGGGCUGGCCUGCCCGUUGCAGCAGUCUCACAGUGGACUAGCGCUCGGCACGCAUCUUUAUGCAGCCCCAGAACAAUUGGAAGGACAAUGCAAUCCUAAGAGUGACAUGUAUUCUCUGGGAAUUAUACUCCUGGAGAUGGUGGAGCCAUUCAGCACCGACAUGGAACGCGUGAAGACUAUAAAUGACCUCAGGAAAGGUCAAAUCCCAGCUCACCUCACUGCCAACUAUCCUAAAAUAACUCAUAUUAUUGGGAAGCUGGUUCAGAGAAGGCCAAGCAGACGUCUGGACACCAGCCAGCUGCUGGAAGAACUAAAGCAAUUGUCUGAGAAUAAAGACGACACUAUAAGGUGUCUGAAAGAAGAAUUAGCGGCCAAAGACGAAGAAAUAGCCAAGUUGAAGAUGAUGUUGGCCAAACUGAACUACCCCAGCUAA